AUGCGUACCCCUGCGCAGCGGCUCGCUCACGUAAAGCAGCUCGCGGACGAGUGGCCCGAGGCGACCUUCGGCCGGCUCGAGGCGCUGCUCGACGCCCUCCUGGACGAGGCGAGCGAGCGGGGCGACUUAUAUACGAUCGCCCACAUGCUGCGCCGUUCCCACUGGGGCGUCGUCGGUAACGACGCGUGCGUCCUCGACCCCACCAAGAAGUACGGCGCGCUCGGCACGGUAAUGGGCGAGCGGAUGCGCGGCGUGAUGUUCAAGUACGGGUUCGGCUGGGGGGCGGGCGACGUGCGGAUCGACCAGCUGCUCUCCGUCGCGCAGGUUUUCGACGUCGCGCGCCGGAAGCUCGCCGAUGACAACCGCAUCGCGGCGUACCGCUACGACGCCGCCCUCUUCUUGCAGGACGUCUCGCGCGCGGCCUACCGUGCCAAGCAGGACGGCCGGUCCGUGCUCAAGCUCAUCGGCGUCGGAAGCUGGCCAAUCAACCUGUUCGUGACCGCCAUGGAGAGGGAGGACGGCGUCAUCGACGUGUCGGACCUGCAGAUGCGGCUGGGCGGAGGCGGCGGGGGAGCGGCCUGGGCGAGCGCCUACUGGGUCGUACCGGCUGGCAAGUGCGUCCUGCGGGUCUCGGUCAUGCAGCGCGGCGAGGAGGUGGGCGUCUUCCACAUCCUCGUCUUUGUCCAUCCGUCGCGCAAGACCUCCAUGUGCGUCAACGACCUCCGCUUCUACGCCGGCGCGGGCCUGCGCAACCUCUACAUCGGCAACACCAUCCGCAACCUCACGUUGCACGUCCCCGACGACGCCAACCUGACGGCGCCGCCGCCGGCCGGCACCACCUCGUUGGAGUACGGCGUGCACACGGAUGUCUACGAGGCGCAGGAGGCAGGGAUUGGCCGCUUCGACCUCGACCCGCGCGACCUCGGCACCGGCCGCCGGCGGCAGCGGCUGACAGUCGAGUGGGGCGCCCGAGGCGAGACGGACGUGAGCGCGGAGGCGAUCGCAACUUUCGACGGGUUGGACGCCGUGCUCGACAUUGCGAGGCGCAAAGAGCCGGUCCCCGCCUCCGAGCUGCUGCGGUGCACGGUGAUUGUCGUCGGCGCGGACAACGUCACCUCGCGAGACAAGCACAACUUGGGCGCGCGCGGCACCGCGAAGACAUGGCUCAACACGGUCGCCGCAGCCUCGUGGCUCACGAACGUGCACGACCCCGACACCACUGAGUACUUUGCCGGCGACCUCUACCUCAACAAAAAGGUGCUCUUCGCAAACGGCUGGAGCGACAAGCCUGGGCUGCGGCUCGGCGAUGAGGGCCGCGCGGCCAACGCACGAGACAUGGCGUGCACCCUCUCGCUGCUCGCGUCGUGCGCCCACUGCCACGCCGAGACGGGCGGGGGCGGCGAGGGUGGGGGCGGCGACGGUGGUGACAGCGGCGGCGGCGGCGAGGGCGGUGGGGCCGACGGCGGCGGCGAGGGCGGUGGCGGCGGGGGCGGGGGCGGAGACGGCGGCGGCAGCGAGGGCGGCGGCGAGGGCGGCGAAGACGGGGUGGCGGCGGCGACGGGCGUCGCCGCCGCGAUCGACGGGCGCUUUGGAUUCACGCUGCUCAACAUCGGCCUAGCCAAUGACGGCAUCGUCCACCCGUCGAAAAUCCCUUCCGCCAUCGGCAUCGACGCGGCACAGGCGAUUGCGCUCCGCAACCCCCGCGUCAGCCAGCAGCUGCGCGAGACCGGCCGCGUCGCGUUCGAGCUCACCUACCUCAUCCCGGAGCAUGGCCCGGUCGCCUCGGUCAUCUGCUCGUGCUCGACGCAUGCCUCAUCCGCCGGCGCCUUCGAGGCUGAGGGUUGCGCGCUCUUCGCUGCUGCCCGUGACUUGGCGCUGUUCCAGGGCGAGGUUCUGCUGGACGGCGUGGGCCCGGACGGCCUCUCCCGCGCAUUCAAGGAUUUUCACGAGACUGGGCGGGAGCAUGCGAUCUCUUACUUUAAGGAGUUUGAGAUGUCGGGGCAGGCAGCGAGUUUUGUCUCCGCAAGCACCAUCGCGCGACGGGCGCCGCUCGCGCGCGACAUGACGUGCACCGCGUGCGGGUUCCGGUGGACGCCGGCGGUGGCCGUGCAGGUGCUUGGCCGGGAGCACAGGGCGAACACCGUCGAAAAACGGAUCCGGCUUUGCACCCCCGACGCGCAGUGCAGCCGCCCCUCGCAGCACCGCCGGGGGAUCCGAAGCGCGCCGGCGGACGCGGUUUGCCCGUGGUGCGGGCAGGAGUUUCACCACACUGCCAGGAGGAAAGCUGAGCAGGCCCUGGCCCGGCACCAGGGCAAGGACGCAGAUCGGACCCGGAGCGCGAAGUGCAUCGCCAUUGAACGAGCCGCCGCGGCGGCUCAGGCG